AUGUCAGUGAGGGUGACCCCUGUGACCCCUGCUGUAACCGCCCAGCCCCAGCCCCGCUCUCCACCACUAAUCGUUCUUCAGGCUAUGGAAGGGGAGACAGGGGAGAGGGGGGAGGGACACAGGUGUUUAAGGAGAUCGGGUGUGCAGGUUCCAUUCAACAUGAACAACAGCAACAGCAACGAGGAAGAGGAGGAGAAGAAGAAGACAAGUAAAAAGGAGAGGAAAGAGAAGAAGGAGAGGAAAGAGCAAAAGGAGAAAGAAAAACAGGAGAAAAGGGAGAGAAAGGAACAGAAGAAGAAGGAGAGAGAGGAGAAGGAGUUGAAGGAGAAAGAGGAGAAGGAGAAGAAGGAGAAAGAGGAGAAGGCCAAAGCUGAAGCGCCUAAAGAGAUCACGGUGAUAGACCCAGCAGGUAACAUGUACUACAACUGGCUCCUCGUUAUCACCAUACCUGUAAUGUACAACUGGACCCUCAUCAUAGCCAGGGCGAGUUUUGAGGAGCUCCAGUCAGACUUUCUGAUCUACUGGUUUAUCAUAGACUGUGUCUCUGAUGUGGUCUACCUGGCAGAUAUGGUGUUCAGGACCCGGACAGGUUACCUGGAACAGGGUCUGCUGGUAAAGGAUCAGAAGAAGCUGAUAGACCGCUACAUUAACAGUCUCCAGUACAAACUGGACCUGAUCUCCAUGAUCCCUACUGACAUCUUCUAUGUGGUCUUCGGACUCAACUACCCCGAGAUACGACUCAACAAGCUGUUCAGAAUCAACAGGAUGUUGGAGUUCUUCCAGAGGACAGAGACGAGGACCAACUUCCCCAACGUCCUGCGUAUCUCCAACCUCGUCAUGUACAUCGUCAUCAUCAUACACUGGAACGCUUGUCUUUACUACUCCUUCUCCAAGGCGAUUGGUUUCGGAGCUAAUAAGUUUGUGUACCCCGACACGACGGACCCUGAGUUUGGUCGUUUGGUCCGGAAGUAUGCCUACAGCAUGUACUGGUCGACCCUGACACUCACAACAAUCGGAGAGACUCCUCCCCCUGUACAGAACUCAGAGUACUUCUUCGUGGUCACAGACUUCCUGGUCGGCGUGUUGAUCUUUGCUACCAUCGUAGGUAACGUAGGUUCCAUGAUCACCAACAUGAACGCUGCCAGGGCUAACUUCCAGGCCAGGAUAGACGCCAUCAAACAGUACAUGACUUUCAGAAAGGUCACCAAGGACCUGGAGAAGAGGGUGAUCAAGUGGUUUGACUACCUGUGGACCAAUAAGAAGGCAGUAGACGAGAGGGAGGUGCUAAAGUUCCUUCCUGAUAAACUCAGGGCUGAGAUCGCUAUCAACGUCCACCUGGACACACUGAAGAAGGUGCGUAUCUUUGCUGACUGUGAGGCUGGCCUCCUGGUAGAGUUGGUAUUAAAGCUCCAGCCUCAGGUUUACAGUCCAGGUGAUUACAUCUGUAAGAAGGGAGACAUCGGACGAGAGAUGUACAUCAUCAAGGAAGGGAAGCUGGCCGUUGUCGCCGACGACGGGAUCAAACAGUUCGUUGUCCUUAGCGAUGGGAGCUACUUCGGGGAGAUCAGUAUUCUGUCCAUAAAGGGUUCCAGGGCUGGAAACAGGAGGACUGCUAACAUCAGGAGCGUUGGGUACUCUGACCUGUUCUGCCUCUCUAAAGACGACCUGAUGGAGGCCCUGUCGGAGUAUCCUGACGCUAAAGCCAUGCUGGAGGAGAAGGGACGGCAGAUCCUGAUGAAGGACAACCUGCUGGACCUGGAGGUGGCGGCGCAGGGCCCGGACCCCAAGGACAUGGAAGAGAAGGUGGAGAGGAUGACAGCAACGCUGGAGUCCCUCCAGACGCGAUACGCCCGGCUCCUCGCCGAACACGAAGCGGGCCAGAGCAGACUGAAACGCAGAGUCACCCGACUCGAGAAGAAAGUGGUGGCUCCGGUCCAGGAGGUUGAGGAGAUAGGGGUGGAGAUGGGUACCGCGGCAACCACAGAAUAGAAUAAAUAGUCCCGCUGCUCUGUGUUCAUUAUGUUUUUUGAGGAAGGUCUUACCUACCUACUAUAGUUGACUGACUGGAAGUCGCUCUGGAUAAGAGUGUCCGUUAAAUGAGCUAAAUGUAAUGAUGUAAGAGCAAGCAGAGCAAACGUGGGUUGG